AUGGGAAGAACUCCUUGCUGUGACAAAAAUGGGCUCAAGAAAGGUCCCUGGACUCCCGGGGAAGAUCUUAAGCUUACAAAUUAUAUCCAGAUUCAUGGCCCCGGAAACUGGCGUACCCUUCCCAAGAAUGCAGGGCUGCAGAGAUGUGGAAAGAGUUGUCGUCUGAGAUGGACAAACUAUCUUAGACCUGAUAUCAAGAGGGGAAGGUUUUCGUUUGUAGAAGAAGAGAUCAUAAUUCAACUACACAGUGUAAUGGAAACAAGUAAGGCUAAGGUUCCAUUGCAUGCUGUCUUUUUGCUUUUGUGUCUGUUUGUCUUGGCUAUUACCGCUCGCUUGCCGGGGAGGACCGACAAUGAAAUCAAGAAUUACUGGAACACUCAUAUAAGGAAAAGGCUUCUAAGAAGCAGGAUCGAUCCCGUUACGCACGCUCGCCUCGAUGUUCUUGACCUUUCCUCGAUUCUCAACUCGGAGUUACUAAACCCUCAAUUGCUAAGCCUAGCUAACACCUUAUUAUUGUUGAAGCAAGAAAACUCAGAAAUAUUAUCACAAUAUCUUCACAAAAACCAGCUUUAUAACUCCCACCAAAAUGCUUCAACAAUUUCGGCGUCUUAUGCUGUUCCUUGUAGUUCCGUGCCAAGCCAAAUGGAAACCAUGGAAGCCAAUGGACAAGGGUUUUGUCACGACAUUUUUACAAACUUUGAUUACCCGAAUUCCCAAGAAAAUUUGCAGACGAAUUAUGUGCACUAUGCACCAAAUCCGACGGUUCCUCUUCUGUCUGAAAACUCUAACUUGCAAUCGAUUGAAGGCAGCUUUGGUUCUGUGAGCGUGAGGUCAACUCCUUUGAAUUCAUCUUCCACAUUUAUCAACAACAGAAGUGCAGAUGAUGAGAGGGAAAUCUUCAGCAGCUUGCUCAAGUUUGAAAUUCCAUAGAGUUCGAAUAUCGAUUAUUUUAUGUGAAUGUGAAUGUAAUCUGUACACAUUUGUUGUUUUAUAGCUUUAAUCCUCAGACUGAAUGCACAUUACAUCUCGUGGAUCCAACUCAUUACGAAU